UCAUGAUAUUCAUUCUGAAAAAUAUAUAAAGAUCUUGCUUUCAAUGUGAUCAAUCAACUCUUCUUCAUCAUCACCUCGCCUUAACUCUUUCGACAAAAUGUCUUCCGCCGUUCAAACACAAACGGCUUCUGCUCCUGUCCCCGUCCCUUCGGUGACAGCUGCAAACACAAUCGAAACAGCAAGUAUUAGCCAUCAUUCAGAAGAUGAGAAAGCAGAUAAUGAUGUAGAAUCACAUCAUUCGGAAAAAGGAGAUUCUACUGAAAAAGAUCCAAAUCCCCCACCUGGACCUUCGAUGGAUCCUGAUUUGCAAUCUCCAGUCAUUCUCAAUCGUCGUCAAUUUUUACCGCUAUACUUGGGUAUGUUGAUGUCGGUCAUCAUUGUUUCUUUGGACAAUACAAUCGUUGCAACUGCACAAGUUCCAAUCGUGACAGAUUUAGGUGGUGCAAGUUUGAUUACAUGGCUACCGGCUACUUUCUUGAUCGGUCAAUGUAGUUUCACACUUAUGUUUGGUCAAUUGUUAACAAUCUUCCCAAGCAAAAUGGUUUAUCUUUUUGCAAUCUUUUUAUUCGAACUCGGUAGUGUGGUUUCGGGAGUUGCUCCAAAUAUGGCUGCCAUGCUUUCUGGAAGAACGAUCUCCGGUAUCGGAGCAGCAGGUAUCUUUAUGGGAAUGGUUCAAGUCUUGGUAGAAAGUACAACUUUGGCAGGUCGUGCAAUCUAUAUGGGAUUGUUAGGUGCAGUUUUCUCAAUCAGUAUGGUGGCUGGUCCAUUGAUCGGAGGUGCAUUAUCCGAUUCAGUCACUUGGAGAUGGUGCUUUUACGUCAAUUUACCCGUUGGAGCAGUAGCCGUUGCGGCAGUUUUAUUCUUAUUCCCAAUGAGACCUGCUUUAGGACAAAGCAAGACCAAACGACUUUCCGUUUUCAAACGAUUACUGCAAUUGGAUUGGAUCGGUGUCAUCCUUCUCACAGGUAUCGUUUGUAUGGUCAUCGUUCCUAUGCAAGAAGCACAAAACAACGGUUGGGCAUCAGCAACAACUCUAGUACCAAUCUGUAUGGCAUUAGUCGUUUUAGGUGUAACAGGAGCUUGGUUCUGGUAUCGUGAACAGAGUGAUUCGAUGGGCACAAUGUUACCACUCAAAUUGUUCGCGGAUGUCAACUUUUUGGGUUGUUGCUUGGGAAGCUUUUUGGUAUUUUGGAUCACAAUCAACGAAAUUUAUCUUAUCCCUCUGUUCUACGAAACCGUUUUAGGACACUCUGCUUUGAAAAGUGGUGUGGACAUGUUGGCUUUGGUCAUCACUUUUGGAGUAGGAGCAGUCGUUGGAGGCGUUUUAUCGAAAAAGACUGGACAUUAUUACCCUCAAUUCUUAUUAUUCCCUUUGAUCGGUAUCGUUGCAAGCGGAUUGUUGUACACGAUCAAGAUUGAUUCAUCAACAGGAUACCAUGUCGGAACACAAAUCUUACUUGGUGUUGCUUUGGGUCCAAUGAUUCAAAGUCCAAUGCUCGCUUUACAAGCCAAUUGCCCAGACAAACGAUUAAUUUCUCGUGCUUUGUCGUUCUGCGCUUUCGCUCAAAGAUUUGGAGGUGGUAUCGGUUCUUCGAUCACCGGUGCAAUGCUAGCAGGUCAAUUGCCUGGUCAAAUUCGCAAACAGUUGGUCGCAAUUAAUGUUGAUCCAACACCUUAUGAACAUUUAUCUUAUGAUGCUCUUCGUUCUCAACCUCAAGGUCCAAUCAGAGAAGCUCUCUUACGAGGAUUAACAGGAACGAUUGAUUUAAUUUCCAUCGUUGCACUUCCUCUCUUUGCAGUUUUAUUCUUCACUGCAUUGUUCCUCAUCAAAAUUCGCAAUAUCAACACAGAAAAGCAAGUAAUGAAAAAGGACCUUAUUCGCAAAGUACUUUGCAUGUCCAAAAGAAAGGAAGAUUCACAAGCAUAAAUACACACACACACACAAAUAGACUUGCAUGUACAUAUAUUAUAUCAUUUAUUGCAUAUACCUCUCAGAUCGGAAUUGUAUUGAAUUUCAAACAUAAAUGGCCUGACAGUUUUGAUCGUUGUCAAGCUUAAAAUUCAAGUUCAGAUCUUUUCUCGCCCUUUGCCCUUUGCCCUUGCCGAGGAACAGGUGUUUAUUAAAUUCUAGAAGCAUGUCUGCGCGCUGAGGGUUGUGCCUCUUUGGUAAAAUUAGAUAUUCCGCCG